AUGGCGGCCGAGCUGAGCGACAUGGCAGAGCCGCCCGCGGUCCCGCCGCCGCCUUCCUCUUCCUCCUCCUCGGCGUCGCCCUCAGGCGGAGGCGCUGCCGAAGAGGCGGCCGAGAGCGAAGCCGCUUCUUCUUCUUCUUCCUCCUCCUCCUCUUCCUCCUCCGCAGCGGGAGCGGAGGCCGAGCCGCCCCCAGCGGCGCUGAACGGCGAAGGGGCGGAAAGCAUGUCGGAGCCCAGCCCGGAGAGCGCCAGCCAGGCCGGAGACGGCGACGACGAAGAGGAGGAGGACGGCGACGACGAGGAGGAGGAAGAAGACGAGGAGGAGGACGGCGACGACGCCGAGGACGAAGAGGAGGACGAGGAGGAAGAGGCCGAGGCCGGCAGCAGCUCCGGCUCCUCCAGCGGUUGCUGCACCGACGACGCCCGCUCGCUCAGCCCCGGCGGCAGCGAGGCCGGCGUCAAGGGCGGUU